AUGGCAACCGAGGGGGAUAAACAUCUAGGGGGAAGACUCACCGGAAGCAUGGAUCCCAUCUUGGAGAUUCUCAACUCCUCCAUUGCUGUUGACCAGAGACUGUCCGAUGUUGAUAUCCAGGCGAGCGUGGCUUAUGCCAAAGCCUUGGAGAAGGCUGGCAUCCUCACUAAACCCGAGCUGGAGAAGAUCCUGAGUGGCCUGGAAAAGGUAUUUCUGUCCUUGGCAAACUGUCCCAUCUACUCUGGCCGAGGUACAGUUCCCGCGCUAGCCCUGGAACCAAUGGCAGCUCACCUCACAGCAUCUCGGGCAACUUCCCUGAUUCACUUUUCUAAAAAGCAUUCCCAUGCUGUUGCACUGACCCGUGACUCUGAGCGCCUGGGAGAGACAAAGAACAGGAUCAAUGUCUUGCCCUUGGGAAGCGGUGCUCUGGCUGGCAACCCCCUGGAUAUCGAUAGAGAGCUGCUGCGCAGCGUGGAAUUCCUCUUUGUUGCCACCCUGCUGAUGACCCACCUUAGCAGACUGGCUGAAGAUCUCAUCAUCUACAGUACCAGCGAGUUUGGCCUUCUGACCCUCUCAGAUGCCUUCACUUUAUACACACUGAAAGAUAUGGAUGCAUCAUCUACAUCUUGCCUGUUGAUACCACCUCUAGAGCAGUUUUGGGGGAAGCGUCCUUUUUUCUUCCUCUUUGGCACACAAUUAUGGGCAGGACCGUAUGGUAGCUCCACACAAGACUCUAAAUAUGAAGGCUCAGCUCUGGGAAUUACCUUUGUUUUCAGUGCUAGCAGCAGCCUGAUGCCUCAGAAGAAGAACCCCAAUAGCUUGGAACUGAUCCGCAGCAAGACCGGACGUGUGUUUGGACGGUGUGCCUCUAUUCUCAUGGUUCUCAAAGGACUUCCAAGCACCUACAACAAGGAUCUGCAGGAGGACAAGGAGGCUGUCUUUGAUGUGGUGGAUACCCUGACUGCUGUGCUCCAGGUUGCCACUGGAGUCAUCUCUACCCUCCAGAUCAACAAGGAGAAUAUGGAGAAAGCUUUGACCCCUGAAAUGCUGUCCACUGAUCUGGCUCUCUACUUGGUUCGUAAAGGAAUGCCAUUCAGACAAGCCCACAUUGCCUCUGGGAAGGCUAUCCACCUUGCUGAGACUAAGGGCAUCACCAUCAAUAAUCUCACCCUGGAAGACCUGAAGAGCAUCAGCCCCCUCUUUGGCAGCGACGUGUCCCAGGUCUUCAGCUUCAUCAACAGCGUGGAGCAGUACACGGCUGCGGGAGGUACCGCCAAGAGCAGCGUGACUGCCCAGAUCGAGCAGCUGAGGGAGCUGCUGAAGAAGCUGAAGGAACAAGCUUAGAGUGUGGGGAGAUAUCCCGUGUAUGCAGCUUUGUGCUUAUCACACUGAUCUGGAGUUAAUAAACACUGUGGUGUAUUGUAGUUCACU